AUGGGGGUGUACCUUAAUGAGACAGAUCCAGCUUCUGUGAUCCAGAUAAAAGCAAAGCCUCAAUUUCAAAUGAAGCUCUACAGAGGAUUUGGAAAGCUGGUUUGGGAGAUAGAGCUGCUAACUGAAAAAGCCCUGAGUGCUGUAGACUGCCUGGAUGAAAAGAGGAGUUCUAGGGUGGCAGGAGAGAAAAGUGAGCUGGUGGGAGCCACACUGGAAGAGGACAGGUACCACAAGGAGCUCCUUCGAAGGAGUGUUGAUCCACUUUGGUUAAUGAUGGAUUACGCCAGUCAAAGGGAUAUGAGCAAGCAGGUUGUGAACAAUCCUGAAACCUUGGCUCCUGGACCCAAUGAAGGUGCGGGAGUUGUAAGAAUCAGCCCCGAAAAUGAGCCGCAGAAUGUCCCAGCGCAAGCCCCUGCCGCGAUGGCCAAGCUUCCCCGGUCACUCUCUAACGACAACAAAACUCUUCCCUCCGAAGAAGCUAAACCAAAUGAUUUUGAGAGGACCAAAGUCGGGAUCUGCAAGCUCAGCAGCACCCCGGUGCAAGCCAACUCCACCCUCCGACGGGAAUCCGUGGAAACCUUUCCCUGCAAGCACAGCCUCGGGGCAGGGACCACUGGGCAAGCUGCUAUCCCUCAUUGCAAAAUUCCCGCUUUGCAAAGCACAGACGGGGACGCUAAUCUAAGCCUUGGUAAGAGCACACUGGAGCAAAACAACGCCUGGGUGACCUUGAGCCAGAGUACCGUGGUACUGGGCACAGAUGGCACCACUUCUGUUCUUCCUGGCACAGUGGAGGGGGAAGACGAUGUGGGGGAUGAAAAUAAAGCCAGAGGGAACUGGUCCAGCAAGCUGGAUUUCAUCCUCUCCAUGGUGGGUUAUGCAGUGGGGCUGGGCAAUGUCUGGAGGUUCCCGUACCUGGCCUUUAAGAAUGGGGGAGGUGCGUUUCUCAUCCCCUAUUUGAUGAUGUUGGCUCUAGCUGGGAUCCCUAUUUUCUUCCUGGAAGUCUCCCUGGGGCAGUUUGCUAGUCAGGGCCCCGUGUCGGUCUGGAAAGCCAUCCCUGCCUUGCAAGGCUGCGGCAUUGCGAUGCUGAUCAUCUCGGUUCUAAUAGCCAUAUAUUACAAUAUUAUUCUGUGCUACACACUUUUCUACCUUUUUGCGUCCUUUGUACCUGUGCUACCUUGGGCUUCCUGUAACAACCCGUGGAACACGCCAGACUGUAAAGAUAAAAACAAACUUUUGCUAGAUUCCUGCAUUAUUGGUGACCAUCCAAAAAUACAAAUAAAGAACUCUACUUUCUGUAUGAGUGCCUAUCCAAACUUAACCAUGGUUAACUUCACCAGGGAAGGAAACAAAACGUUUGUCAGUGGAAGUGAAGAAUACUUCAAGUACUUUGUAUUGAAGAUUUCAGCAGGGAUUGAAUAUCCUGGUGAGAUUAGAUGGCCCUUGGCACUAUCUCUUUUCCUAGCUUGGGUGAUUGUAUAUGCCUCCCUUGCUAAAGGAAUCAAGUCAUCAGGAAAAGUUGUGUACUUUACAGCCACAUUCCCCUAUGUAGUUCUUAUCAUCCUUCUUAUAAGAGGAGUAACUCUCCCUGGCGCAGGAGCUGGAAUCUGGUACUUCAUCACACCAAAGUGGGAGAAGCUAAUUGAUGCUAUGGUUUGGAAGGAUGCUGCCACUCAGAUUUUCUUCUCCUUAUCUGCAGCAUGGGGAGGUCUAAUUACUCUCUCUUCCUACAACAAAUUCCAUAAUAAUUGCUACAGGGACACAUUGAUAGUCACAUGUACCAACAGUGCCACAAGUAUAUUUGCAGGCUUUGUCAUCUUCUCAGUUAUUGGCUUCAUGGCAAAUGAACUCAAAGUGAAUAUUGAAGCUGUGGCUGAUCAAG